AUGUGUCGCAUUAACUUUUUGUUCAAAACACUUUCUCAAAUGUUGUUUAAUUGAAUCUUGUGCUAAUCAUACAGCUCAUGUGGUAACCAAAUAAAUCACGAGAUAUAUAGAAAUGGACAAUAGCGUCAGACUAAAAUCACAUGAUUCCUAUCGUGAACACAAAGUCUAGUUUGGUUUACAAGGAGGACAAAAAAAAACUUAUGAAAACACCAAGUUAAGGUCGAUUCAUAGAAUUCGACUUAGGCUAUAAACAUCAUGUCGUUAAAUGUAAGUGGUACUAUUGGAAUAGUACUAUUUUACAUCGCAAUUCUCUUUGUUGGAAUAUGGGCAGCUAUCAGGAAAAAAGCAAAAGCAGAAAAAAAUGACGAAAGAGAAGAUUGUAAAAAAAGAAUUGAUAAAAGCGAGGAUAUUCUUGUGGCUGGAAGAAGCUUGGGACUGUUGGUCAGUUCGAUAACAAUGACAGCCACGUGGGUUGGUGGAGGCUACAUCAAUGGAACAAGUGAAGAAACUUACAAGAAAGGUUUGCUUGCCGUACAAGCACCGUUUUGCUAUGCAGCAAGCCUUGCUUUAGGUGGUCUCAUCUUUGCGGAAAAAAUGCGUGCAAAAAACUACGUGACGAUGUUAGAUCCAUUCCAAGAAAAGUACGGGGCACGUAUCGGCGCAUUGAUGUACAUUCCACUCUUUAUAGGAGAUAUAUUAUGGUGUGCUUCAAUUUUAGCAGCACUAGGUGCCUCCAUAGGUGUCGUUCUCGACAUUGAUAACACACUAGCAAUAAUUGUUUCAGCGUGUUUUUGUGUCGCCUACACCUUUGUAGGUGGCCUGUACUCAGUCGCUUACACCGACAUUGUUCAAAUUUUUUUCAUCUUUGUCGGUCUGUGGCUAUCAAUACCAUUUGCGUUCACCAAUCAUGCCGUUCAUAGCAUUAGCAGCACAAAAAAACACUGGCUUGGACAUUGGGAAACAAACAAGACAGGAGUAUGGAUUGAUAAUGCUUUACUUCUGAUAUUCGGAGCCAUUCCCAGUCAAGUAUAUUUCCAAAGAGUUUUAGCCUGCAAAACGGCCAAGCAAACAAAAGCACAGUCUUUGCUAGCAGCAUUCGCCUGUUUUGCAAUGGCUAUACCUCCAUUCCUUAUAGGAGCUUUAGCAACAUCAACAGAUUGGUCAGCGACGGCUUACAAGGGACAUACCAACAGCACGUUGCCUAAAGAAGACGGAAAUCGGGUUCUUCCUUUGGUUUUACAAUAUUUAACGCCGCCAGCUGUUGCUUUUAUUGGUCUGGGAGCUGUAACAGCAGCAGUAAUGUCUAGUGCUGACUCAGCUAUUUUGUCUUCCAGCUCUAUGAUUUCGAGAAAUAUCUACAAAGUGCUCUUCAGACCACAGGCGUCAGAAAGAGAGAUGUUACUAGUUAUUCGUAUCACAACUUGUUGCGUCGGUUUCUGUGCAACGGUCAUGGCUCUAAACGCUGAAUCAAUUUAUGGACUUUGGGCCUUUUGUGUUGAACUCAUCUACGUUGUCUUGUUUCCUCAACUAUGUUGUGUCAUAUUUAUGGCCAACGCAAAUUCAUACGGUGCUUUAAGCGGAUACAUCGUAGCAGUUUUCUUUAGAGCCGGAGGAGGUGUGACAUUUAUAGGUCUUAAACCUUUCAUACAUUAUCCAUGGUACGACAAAUCUAAUGGUCAAUUAUUUCCGUUUAAAAGCCUUGCCAUGAUUUUGUCGUCUCUAACCAUUAUUAUUGUGUCAUCCGUUACAAAGUAUUUGUUUAAAUCUCGGCACAUUUCCACGAAAUGGGACGCAUUGGGUUAUUUUCAAAGUACUUAUGAAACGGCGUUUGAAGAAUCGUCGGUUGAGAAGGAAAAAUCAAACGAAAAUAGCCAUUUGUUGGCGGAUAUUCUAAGUUAAUACUUUAUAUGUCUUGAUGUUAUGGAGAAGAAUUAAAACAUCGCCGCCUUAAUUGACAAUACGUAAGCAAGAAGUAAAACUCUAGAUGCUCUUCACAAUAUAUGAACAUCACAUGUAAAAACAAACAAGUGUUGUUGUGUGUUAUUGAAAAACCAACUUUUUUAUAUUUUAGUUGGUUAUACGGAACAGUAAUUUGCCUAUCUCUGUGUCAUACACUGAAUAACGAAAAAUUAGCGUGAAGUGGAGAAAUUAUCUUUAAGCAAAGAAUCUAUAAAGUAAAAACUUGUUUGACUCGAGAGUGAAAUCUUUAAA